AUGACAGCCCAAAGCUCUCUAUACCGCGUCCUUCCGACAAAGGGCCUGCUGUUCAUAUCUGAUCGACACAUCUGCUUCCGCUCAUCUGGGCUAGCAACUCGCACUAUGGGUCGGACGCUCAUGAUGCUGCCCAUCGGCGAUGUCAUUACCGUGGCUCGGCAUCGGGCGUUCCAACCAGGCCAGCACGGACUCAUCGUUGUCGUGCGAGGGCACGAAGAGGUCUUUCUCGAAUUUUCUUCCGUGGACCUUCGCAAUGAGUGCUGUGAGCGGUUGGAGCAAAUGCUGGAGGAAGCCCUCAUGCGGCCCACUGCCGACAUCAGCAUUGGGAAGCAAGACGAUCUCAUUCUGAAAGACCUCAGCGACAAGCUAGAAGCCACGUCAAUUUCGACAUCCCUACCGUCCUCCAGCUCUUCUGAUGCCGAUACACAGGAUUGGGAGAGCGGCAGCGUUAGCGCAUCCAUGUUCAAGUCUCAGUCCUCAGACUUUCUCUCCUUUUUGCCGAAACAACCAUUGCACAUCACCAUGCUCAGCAUCGGCUCUCGCGGCGAUGUACAGCCUUACAUUGCGUUGGCCAAAGCACUCAUGGCGGACGGCCACCGUGUGCGCAUAGCGACCCAUGAUGAAUUUUCGGCCUGGAUCGAAGGACACAACAUCGAGUUCAGUGCAGUCGGCGGCGAUCCGGCCGAGCUCAUGCGUAUUUGCGAGCAGAAUGGCACGUUCACAGUGGGCUUUGUUCGCGAAGGCCUGCUCAAAUUCAGAGGCUGGCUCGACGACUUGCUGCUCUCUAGCUGGCGUGCAUGCCAUGGAACAGAUGUGAUUAUCGAGAGUCCCAGCGCCAUUGCGGGGAUCCACGUCGCCGAGGCUAUGCAGAUUCCCUACUUUCGCGCAUUCACCAUGCCGUGGACGCGAACACGUGCGUACCCGCAUGCUUUCGCUGUGCCGCACAGCAAGGCUGGUGGCAGCUACAAUUACAUUUCCUACGUCAUUUUUGACCAAGUAUUCUGGCGCGCUGCAUCCAGGCAGAUCAACCGCUGGCGUCAAGAGACGCUCAGGCUUAAGUCGACGACGUACGAUCUUCUUGAGCAGCACAAAGUGCCCUUCUUGUACAAUUUUAGCCCAAACCUUGUUCCGAAGCCUUUGGACUGGUACGAAUGGAUUCACGUCACUGGUUUUUGGUUCCUUGACAACCCGGGCGAGACAUCAGGGCGGUCUUGGGCUGCACCAGAUGACCUUGUCGCCUUCAUCAACACGACAAAGGCGCAGAAGCGAAAGCUUGUGUAUAUCGGGUGGGGUUCAAUCGUCGUCUCUAACGCGGCUGCCAUGGAUGAAUGUGUCGGUGAAGCGGUGCGAAAAAGCGGUGUUUGUGCGAUCGUCUCGCGCGGCUGGUCUGAUCGAUUGUCGGAGAACAAGGGCACACCGUCCGAAGCAUUCUCGUCCCCCGACAUCUUUCGAGUCGACUCGGUUCCCCACGACUGGCUGUUCCCGCAGCUUGAUGCAGCUUGUCACCAUGGUGGUGCUGGGACAUUGGGAGCAAGCCUCCGCGCAGGGCUCCCAACCAUCAUCAAACCAUACUUUGGCGAUCAGUUCUUCUGGGGUCAGCAGGUGGAAAGCUUGGGAGUGGGGACAUGUGUCAAAGAGUGCACCGCUGAGAACCUUGCGGCUGCGCUCCGCAAGGCCACGCAAGAUGUGCGCCAGAUAGAGCGCGCGCGCCAACUGGGAGAGCGCAUUCGAUCAGAGAAUGGGGUCCAAGCCGCUGUCACUGCUUUCUACCGCGAGCUCGAGUACGCGCGCAGCUUAAUCAAGACCGAUAGUCGCUUGCACACGACUAAUUCUGAGGUCCAAGCCUCUAACACUGUUGAUGGGGCGAGCCCUUCGCAACCUCACGCCGAAGAGCUCCAUGAGCGUUCGAGUCGCGCGAUCGACGCAAUCAACACUCCCAGCAACCGACCCCGCUCUACGCGAUCUUCAUCUGCAGACUCGAAUUGGUCGAUCUUGUCACCUUAA